CCCUCGAUCACACCACUAGCUACCAGAGGCCAGAGCAUACAUCAAUGGAGGAGAAGAAGUGCAGGGGCCAUGUGGUACUGAUGCCAUAUCCAGCCCAAGGCCACCUGAACCCUAUCCUCCAAUUCGCGAAGCGUCUGGCUGCUACAGGCCUCAAGGCCACUCUAGCCACCACUCCCUACACAGUCAAGGCCAUUUUCGCCCCAACCGUUGCCGUCGAAACCAUCUCCGACGGCUUCGACGAAAGCGGAAGUCGUCAAGCCGGAAAUGCCGAGCUCUAUAUCGAGUCUUUCAAGAUCAAUGGCUCCAGAACUCUCUCUGAAAUCAUCCACAAAUACCACGACUCAGACUCCCCUGUUAAUUGCAUCGUCUACGAUUCAUUUUUGCCGUGGGGGCUUGAUGUGGCCGAGAAACAUGGCGUAUAUGGAGCCUGCUUCUUCACCAACUCCCUCACCGUCUGCUCCGCCUUAUGUGCUGUACAACGCGGCAUAGUUAAGCUCCCAAUAAAGCCCGAAGAUACACCUUUGUUCCUCCCUGGCUUGCAUCCCUUGAAUUACAAUGACUUGCCGACGUUUGUCACCCGCCAUCUGCAUGCUUACCCUGCAUAUUUAUCUCUGCUUAUGAGUCAGUUUUCCAACAUUGACAAGGCCUGCUGUUCGUUCGUGAACGGCUUUAAGGGAUUAGAAGAAGCCGAGGGUGGUAGAGAAACACCAAAGGUUUUUUCAGCGAAGUUGAUCGGGCCGAUGAUCCCGUUGGCGUAUCUAGAUGGGGGGAUCGAAGGAGACAAAGGAUACGGGUCGAGUCUAUGGAAGCCAUUAAGUAAAGAAUGUAUGGAAUGGCUAGAAACAAAGGAAGCUGAGUCAGUAGCAUUUGUGUCUUUUGGAAGCAUGGGAGCAAUGUCGGAGAAGCAGAUGGAAGAGAUAGCGGAGGGGUUGAAGGAGAGCAGGCUGAAUUUCCUGUGGGUAGUACGAGACACAGAGAAAACCAAAUUGCCUGAUGGGUUCCUGGAGUCAAGCAAGGAGAAGGGUCUAAUCGUGCCAUGGUGCAACCAACUAGAGGUGCUGGCUCAUGAAGCAGUGGGAUGCUUCGUGACGCACUGUGGGUGGAACUCAACUCUGGAAGGGCUUAGCUUGGGCGUACCCAUGGUGGGUGUGCCGCAAUGGACGGACCAGUUUUGUGAUGCCAAGUUUAUAGAGGAGGUAUGGAAGGUAGGGGUGUGGGCGAAGGAGGAUCCAGAGGGAGUUGUGAGGAGAGAAGAGAUUGUGAGAUGUUUGAAGGACUUGGUACAAGGGGAGAGAAGCCAGGAGAUUAAGCAGAAUGCUAAGAAAUGGAGCGAGUUGGCUAAGGAAGUAAGUAGUGAAGGAGGCAGUUCCGACAUGAGCAUUAAGGAAUUUGUUGAUCAUUUUACGAUUUCUCGUGGGAAUGGAAAGGUUUAAUAAAUGUCAACCAUCCUUCUAUGGGUUAUUAAUAAUACUUUCACUCUGGGUGAGUUUAAAUUUUA